UGUCUCCCUCGUGGUAUGUUUUGUCCCCAGAGAUCUUCCAGAAGAAAUUGGUGAAGUAGAUGAUGUUUUCAUGAACGCGGUUUGUGAAUUUGUCCAAGGGAUCUUUUCUCCAACACGAUCUUAUAAUGGACUACACUGUGGAUAAUACGGCGCUGUCUCAAGAAGAUGGCCUGGUUAAUACCAUGAGCUCUCAAGAUGAUGCAAUGGAUUACACUAUGGAUAAUCCAGAAAACACAAUGGAUUAUACUAUGAGUCAUGACCCGACAAACCAAACGUUGUCCCAACUACCAGAUGCGCAAGAUUUUUCGGAAGAGGAAGAGGAAGAUGAUCUUCCCGUCCUUGAGUUUGCUCGUUUGGUUGGUAUAGCUCGAGAUCAUCAACUCGAUGAUACAUCGGUUGAUACUUUACUUUCUAUGAAGGACGAUGUUCAUCACAAGUUCACCAACGACAUGAAUGUCAGACAUCUUUCACAGCUCAAUAUUCAAGCCGACUUCAAUACAAAUGAGGGAAUAUCUGUAUCUGCAGACGCCGUACGACUUCUCGCAUCAGUGGCAGAGAAUGAAAGUCAGGAAUCUUUAACUCAACUUCAAUUUCAUUGCUUGUCAGUAGUAAAUCCAAGUAGAUGAAGACGAAUCACCGUUGUUACUGAGUGGUCAUGAAUUUGAAUUUUAGAGAGCUUGGAGAAUGGGAGGUUCGGGUGUACGCACCGAAUAGGAAUUUACUCCUGAGCAAUGUUUAUCACGAAUAAUAAUAAAGUGUGCUUACUCUUUGUGGUCUUUACUUCUGGUUCAGAACUAUUUUCGCUCCUGUCGAAC